UUACAAUGGCAAUUGAACUAUGUUCAUCUGACGAGUCUAGUUUAGGCAUAAUGAGUCCAGCUCGUAUCUCCUUUGAUAUUUCUUCACAGACAGGCUCUAGCUCUGUUCCUGUUGAACAAUAUAUUCGAUCAACUUCACCUUCCUCUAGCAUUGAUUUCGAUUUUUGUGUGUUUCGCGAAAGCUUUGAUCUUGAAUCUUCUUGUGCUGACGAGCUUUUCUUUGAUGGAAAAAUUCUUCCAAUUGAAAUAAAGAGAAGAAUUUCCUCUGCACCGUCCAAAAAAACAGAACAACCACCCGCUCCACUGCCUCCAUGCAAAAAUAGUAACACUGGCAAUACAACAGAUACAACAACAACAACAUAUGCAGUUAAAUCACACAAAGUGGUGUCCGGAAAGGGUAGAGUGUACACAGACCUUACCCCUACCUCGGAAGGUAGAGAGGCUGUUUCCAGUAGACCCUCGGUUCUUGAAUCAUCAGAUGAAAAGCAGAAUUCCAAGUCAUUUUGGAGAUUCAGCAGAAGUAGCAGCUUAAAUUGUGGAAGCGGUUAUGCAAGAACUUUAUGUCCAUUGCCACUUUUAUCUAGAAGCAAUUCAACUGGUUCAACUCCAAGUGUGAAGCGUAAUUCAACAUUAUCAAAGGAUAAUCUAAGUCACAAGCACCAUUCAAAUUCUCAGAGACACUUUUCAAAAUCAAUGUCAUCUAAUGGUCAUAAUUGUCAAAAGCCUCCAUUGAAGAAUAAAGUUCCCGGUAAUCCAUACAGCAAUGGUGUUAAAUUCAGCCCAGUACUAAAUGUACCUCCAGCAAAUUUGUUUGGAUUAAGUUCUUUCUUUACAAGUAGCAAGGAAAAGAACAAGAAGAAGUGAUUGAUUAAAGUAUAACAUUGCUUUAUUAGUUUCCAAAAUAAGUAAAGUUUGAAAGGUGUGAUUAA